AUGCUCAUCACUUCUCGAUUUUUCUUCUUUGCUCUGUUUGUCUGGAGGGCCGCUGCGCAGAACGGCGGAUCAUUCGGCAACUCGUUCAAUAUUGGAGGUGCCGGCGGUAACAACGGGAACAAGAAAGGUCCAAACAAUAACUUUAACAAUGGCGUCAACUUGAGCAAUAACAAUAAUAAUAACAACAACAACAACGGUCAAGGCGGUAAUGGCGGUAAUGGUGGUAAUGGCGGUAAUCAAAAUGCUGGCAAGAGUUCAGAUCCCAAAACUUCGACGUGUUUAGACCCAUCGGUCAUCCAGAACAACCCCAAGUCCAACGGAAUCACAGAUCAAUCAAAUCCAGAUCAUUUUGCUCCCAGUUUAACAUCUACCAACAAUUUUAUCAAUUUCUGCGUUGGACAGACCAUUACGGACGGAAAACAAGUCGAGCAAGGAUCAUGCAAUCCCACUCCGAUCGGUAGCAUCCCUAGCAAGCAAAACAUGCCAUCUGUGAAAAUAAAGAGUCCUACUUCUACACAGAAAAUACAAGCUAAUCAGCCGAUUGAGAUUAAGAUUUCAGUCAAAAAUCUCGAGACUGGCUUUUUUACGUCACCUUCAAACACUUAUUUCGGCGCACCACAACAAUUGAACUCGGCAGGUUUAAUCAAAGGACAUCUUCAUGUGACUUGCCAACAGAUGAGCGAAGAUGAUGACGCCCCUGAUACCUCAAAGGUUGUCUUUUUCAAAGGAAUCUCAGAUACUGCAAACAACGGGAUCCUCACUACUACCAUCCCCCAAGGAUUACCCGACGGAAAAUACCGUCUCGCAACCAUCACCUCAGCCAUGAACCACCAACCCGUUGUAGUUCCGGUGGCUGGUCGUGGCUCAAUUGAAGAUAUAAUCUAUAUCGUUGUAGGAAAUGGAAACGAUGGAAACUCUAACAACAAUAAUGGAUCUCCUAACCCAAACAAUGGUAAUGGUAAUGGUAACGGUAACGGAAAUGGUAACGGAAAUGGAAAUGGAAAUGGAAAUGGAAAUGGCCAUACAAAUGAAGAUGUGAAAGGUCCUGGAAAUGGCAGCGGCAACGGCAGCGGCAAUGGAAGCGGGAAUGGCAGCGGCAAUGGCAGCGGCAAUGGCAGCGGCAAUGGCAGCGGCAAUGGAAGCGGCAAUGGAAGCGGCAACGGCAGCGGCAACGGCAGCGGCAACGGCAGCGGCAACGGCAGCGGCAGCGGCAACGGCAGCGGCAAUGGUAGCGGCAACGGCAGCGGCAACGGCAGCGGCAAUGGAAGCGGCAAUGGUAGCGGCAAUGGCAGCGGCAAUGGCAAUGGAAACGGCAAUGGCAACGGAACCGGGAAUGAUGACCAUAAGAAAGAUGGAAAAGGAAAGUCAGACAAAGACAAGGGUGGCCAGUCUUCAAGCGCCGGGGAUAAUGGACGGAAAAAGGUUUGCAAACCUAAACGUAGAAGAGCCAAGAAAUGA